ACCUCGAACGUCAAGAGGCGUCAGAUGUAACUGCAACCAUAGAAAUUACAAAAACUGUCAAUAAUCAAAUUGUUAAAGACAAUAGCUCGUCACCGUCUAACGAUACCUUAUUACAUGGGGUUGAAUUAUUUUUAGUUGUUUUUGGUCUAGCAUGUGCCGUAUUUUUGGCCGCCUUAGAUCAAACAAUUGUUUCCACCGCUGUACCUAAAAUAGUUUCGGAUUUUAAUGGAUUGGAUCAAUUGGCAUGGGUUGCAACUUCUUAUUUACUCACAACGACUUCCUUUCAACCAAUCUAUGGAAAAUUAUCUGAUAUUUUUGGUCGUAAAGCAACAUUCUUGGUUGCAAUUGUCAUUUUUGAAUUGGGCAGUUUGUUAUGUGGUGUUUCUACAAAUAUGGUUACGCUGAUAAUAUACCGUGCAAUUGCUGGUAUCGGAGGUGGUGGUAUCAUGGGGUGCGUACUUUAUUACCUUCAUUACCAUCAGGGAAACUAUCAGGGUGUUAUUGGCGCAUGCUUUGGUGUUGCUUCCGUAGCAGGCCCUCUCAUGGGUGGUGCUUUUACUGAUCAUGUUAGCGCAGUAACAUUAAUCGUUGUAAUUUGGUUUCUUCACCUACCAAAACCAGCCGGUUCAUUACUUGAUCAAAUUAAGAGAAUUGAUAUUAUCGGCACCAUUGUAAUGAUCUGCGCAACUGUUUGUAUCUUAUUACCUCUCAAUUGGGGAGGCAGUACUUAUCCUUGGAAUAGUCCCGUGAUUAUAGUACUUCUAUGUGUCGGUGCAUUAGGUUACGUAAUAUUUGGUUUGGUUGAAUAUUACAUCGUUGCUGAACCUGUUGCUCCACAUUUUCUGCCUUACAUUCUUGGUGUAGUAGUUUUCUCAAUUGUAGCAGGUCAACUAUUCUCUCGAACAGAUAAAAUAGAGUAUCGAUUAGUUACUCUAAUUGCUUCGGCAUUGACAAUAAUCGGUUCCGGAUUAACCACUAUGUGGAAUGAAAACACCGGAUAUGGUGAAUUUAUAGGAUACAUGUUAAUUAGUGGUGCUGGAAUUGGUAUAA